UUUUGUCCGGCCUCAGUGUCGGCUGCUUCAAUACUACAGCAACAGCAGAAGGUAUUGCGUCACAAACAUGGCAGUCAACAGGACGCUACUUGCGGCUAUUGCGGCUCUCCUGUCCUUCUCACAGGUCCUGGAGGCAGGUUUGGUGAGGAGAUCAACCGACACGAGUUCCACAGUCAACGAGCUGCAAGAAGCGGCCACCAAGGCCCGGCAAGCUCUGAGCAACGCGGCUACCGAAGUGUCCCAAGUUUUGGGACUCGACAACCUCCCGGCACCCGAGACCCUGGCCAGCGAAUUGCACAACCAGACACUGAGCUUCGCGCGCACAGUGGGAGAGUUCGUUGGGCAGCUCCAGAACGAGGCUUCCUCCCAACACGGUACAAUCUCCUCUCUUCUGCAGUCGAUUGCGAGCAAAUUUGAAGAGACAGCUACGAACCUACAAGCCCAAAAUCCAGAAGUGACAAGAACAGCUCAGGAUCUGCAGACCUCAUUCAACUCCGCUCUCCAGACAGUUCACGAAGAAACCCAAAAGCUUGUGAAUGCUAUCACGCCUGAUAUACAAGCAGCAGGUCAAAAUUUGCCGCAGAUCGCGCGUACGGCAUUGGAUAGCGUGCAGGAGACAGCUGAAGCCUUCCGGAACAGUCUACAUUCAACCACUCAGAACCAACACACUCACUAACGUAAAGCAAGCCUGCCACAUAUAUACGCAGUGUAAUCUUACAUCUUGAAAACUCAGGAUGAAAUGAACGUAAAAAUCCUUUGUAAGCCUUGAUUUCUUUCGUAAUUUUCUUCUUUCUAUUAAUGUUAUAUUUUUCAUUUUGCAAAUUUUUAAACAAAAUGGACAACCAUUAGUCAAGUACUCUUACCUAUAACUAUUAAAUUUAUUAAAAUGUAUUCAUAAAACGUCUUGACUUGUAUACUUAACCAAAAUCAUGAUUAUUGUAUUGUUGGUAACAUGUAUUUCAGUUUCAUGUUUCCUAAUUAUUUUGAUGUGACUUCGAAGGAUUACGUCUUUAGUAGAGAUCAUUAGUGGUCGAAUGUGGACCAAUUUCAAUUUCAAAAUGUUCAUGGUAUCUUAAGCCACUUAUAUAUAUUUAUUAAUUUUGCUAUCACAUAAAUGGGUUCGAAUUCAAGUCGAUUUCUCCCUCCACUCUUUUUCCCAUACCGUAUGUAUUGGUAGAGACCCGGCAAUAUGUGGUAUCAGUCACUGAGGAACCGUUUGGCUACGUGGUCAUUUAAAACAGGUUCUCUUAUUCCGAUGUAUGAUAAGGCGGUAUGGUCUUGGAGAAACGGAAUUGUACUGCUUACUGUCGCCAUGUAAGCUUCUGGGGCGUUUGAUUUUCUGCCUUGCAGCUGAAGGCAAGAGAUGAUAAAUUAUUAUGGACCAAUGCUGGAAUGGUACAGAGGACAUAAAGACAUAAUUUGUUUCUGUUAAGGAAACCAACGGAAUAGUGGCCCUUCUGGGUCUAACACACGAUCUAUAACUAGUAUCGCACAAUAUGUGACCUUUAUGUAUUUUAAAAAUAACCAUGAUAAAUAACUGGUGCUUACUCGAGGGUUAUCUCAAUUUUUGUGCAUAUUUCACUACACGGAACGUCAAUAAAAUUAUAAAGUAUGGAUAAUUCAAGUAAAAUGAAAACAUAUUUGUUUCAUCAUGAAAUAUGAACGUCUAGUUGCCCCACAAGGAUCAGAGAUAAAGGCAAGGUCAUAACUUCAAUGUUAAACAUGACUGAUAAGUCCACUGAUAUCACUCACAGCGAUGUUGCAAUAAAAUCUUUGCUAUCUCGGCAAAGAUUCGAGUAGGACGCUCCAACAUGGGAGCGAUAUAGAGGAAGAUGUUCUUUACUCUUACCCAGGCAUACAGAUAUAGCAUUAAUGACCCCGGGGUUUUAGGAGGCUGUGAUUUCUUAACCAUUUGACACAUUAGAGGAACAAGCCAUUGAAUUGAAGUUCAACUCCAGGAGCUUCUGUCAUCAAAUGUUCACGUGCGUUCCUUUCGCAGCACGACAGAUACCUAGCCGAUACUCAGUUUUUAGCUCAUCUCUGAGUUCCUGUUAUUACAUCUGCAGAUAACCUCUGUUUGAGUUGCCCAAUGUUGACCACCUGCCCAGUAUACCCUACGUCACAUUCUGACAUAAGUCCACAAGAAAUGGAAAUGAGGCGUCUAAUUAUGUGACCUCAGAGGCCAAGUGAUUGGGCCUGUAGAGUGAGUUUACAUCACCUGAUCUCCGAAACCACCAAAUUUGACGGCCCACUGCGUUUUCUUGUGGGUUUACGUUCAAAGUACCGAGUAUGGUUGAACUGGUUGCAGGUCGCCAACUCAAAUGGUGGAUCACUACAGCUCUGAACGCCAAAGACUGGCUGAGAUCGGUUAUAAGCACGACAUGUCAUGCCGUGAAAAGAACGCAAGCGAAAAUUCAGUUACUGAAACGUUUUGAGUUAAAUUUCAUUUCAGAGAAUUGUUCCAUUAAUAUGUAUAAUAGUUAAGAAAACAUAGUAUCUUCGUAAAACCAUGAAUAACUAACGGGACACACUGCACUAUCGUCGUUUGAAGUUAGCUGGUUUGUUUAAGCUUUUCAGAGAAAAUGUUCAACUAUUUACAAUUUCAUGAAAGGUAUCCAAUUGCAAAAAAAAGAGAUAACGUGUUAGUAUACAAAUAAGUACUGACAACCUGUAAGCAAUAAACUGAAAUUCAUGAAAA